GAGAAAAUAACCAAGCGAAGAGAGUUUGCCACAGGCUAAAUCAUUUGGUGUUGAGUCACUUCUGACUGAGCUUCAAACAGCACAGGUUAAAAUGUGUUACAAGAAGUCAAGCCGAGGAAAAGGAAACAACAUCACAGGUCUGUCACAAUGAUUUGGCAGUUAAUCCAUAUCAGUGCUCUCCUUAUUGGAGCACUCACGUCCCCGACUCCAUCCUCCUCCCUGUCCUCCUCCUCCUCCACCACCACUGACCCACAGGAACAUCCCUGUCACAUCUACGACUUGGGCCGCUCUGCAGACUGUCUGGGCCGGCAGCUCAGCGACGUUCCCUGGAGACAGUUUCCUUCCACACUUGAAGCCGUGGAUCUCUCCUACAAUAAACUUCAAGCUGUCCACGCUGACGACUUCCUCCGCCUCCCGCGGCUCCGCAGCCUUCAGCUGCAGUUCAACAACAUCUCACACGUUGACAGUGAUGCCUUCAGAAACAACCCACUGCUGGAGCAUCUCAACAUCUUCAAUAACUCCCUGCAAGAAAUCCCUGCCAGAGCUCUGACGCCUCUCACCAAUCUAAAACAGCUCUACAUGUCCAACAACCUUUAUAUACAUGCCACUCUGAAUGAAAGCUUCUCCAAACUUGUCAAGCUCCAGAUCCUGUCUAUGGGUGGCCCUCUGGUGAAGGGUCUAAGGAAAGCAGAUUUUCAGCCCCUGAAGAACAUCAGGUUACAGGGAUUUGCAAUCAAAUGCUCGUCCAACCUGAGCUACUAUGAGCCAGGAAGUUUGGAGGUCAUUCAGACCAAGCAGAUGGGUUUUGAUAUGGCUGUAGACCAGCGACCUGAAGCCCUCGUGCACAUGCUGCGCGACCUCGCCAACAAGACCUUCAGUGUCGUCCAGUUCCGCAACCUCUUUGAGUUUACCUACUACGUGGGGAAGGAGGACAUUUUCCAGGGUUUAAGAGACAUCAAAGCGUAUCAACUCAUCUUCCACAGAGGUAAAUACAACGAAAACCUCCUGAGGAUGGCUUUAACCAACUUACAACUCACUCCAAUCAAAAGAGUGAGACUUCAGUACAUUGACUUUGCUCGUUCCCCCACGUUUGUCGACAUCGGGGCAGGAUCCAGCAUCACAGACCUGGCACUGGAUCGGCUGGAUCUUUGGUACAUCAGCAAUCCCGAUGUGCUGCGAUUCGACUGGCGUUUCACCUGGUUGAAGAAAAUUAAACAGCUGUCCAUACAGUAUGUGUAUUUCAACUCGGUGCCGUGCGAUUCCUGGGUCGAGAUGGAGGGCGUGGAGUUUCUGGAUGUUUCCAACAACCGACUGCUGAACGACUACCUCUUCAACCAGCGCUGCGACUACAAGGGCACCAUGCCCAAUCUCCACACCUUCAACCUAAGCACCAAUGAACUGACGAGCCUGAAGGACUUGUCGUCGCUGACGCGGAAGUUCAAGCGCUUGCAGGUGUUGGACGUUAGCGACAACAACCUCGGAUCUGCCCACGACAGCCGCGACUGUGUUUGGCAGCCGAAUAUCUCUCGUCUUAUCGCUCACCACAAUCACUUUGUCAGUGAAGCCCUCCGCUGUUUGCCCACCACGGUGCACUACUUGGACCUGUCCUACUGUGACCUGGACCAGCUGGACAUUGCGUACUUUGAGGACGCGAUCCAUCUGAAGGAGCUCCUGCUCACUGGGAAUAAAAUCAAGUUCAUCCCGUCAAAAUGGACGAGUCCAACACUGCAGACGCUGGCUUUGGAUGGGAAUUCGUUUGGCCUCAUUAGUAAGGAGACCUUCCAUGGUAUGCCCAAGCUCUCUCGCUUAACAGCCGGGAAUAACCCUUACCAUUGCACUUGUGAGCUUCACGCCUUUGUCCAGGACACAGUUUCAAAAGGAAAGGUCGACUUAACCGACUGGCCUUUGAACUACAGGUGCUAUCACCCGGAGGCCUUCCUCAACACGUUUGUAUCCAAGUACCUCCCAGGUGAAGUGGCCUGCGAUAUCCGGCUAGUCAUCGUCAUUUGUGUUGCGACCACGACGGCAGUGAUCCUGAUACUGAUGUUGAUCUGCUAUAUUUUUGACCUUCCGUGGUACACGAAGGCCACCUAUCAGAUCAUCAGGGCCAAAUACAGAGCUCGCAAGGAAAAGGCGGCAGGGGAAUCGGGGACUUAUACCUACCACGCGUUCAUAUCCUACAGCCACUGUGAUGCAGACUGGGUGAGGGAUCAGCUCCUGCCCUGUUUGGAGAACAACAGGAACCCCUACCGCCUGUGCAUUCACGAGAGAGACUUCAUGCCCGGAAGGUGGAUCAUCGACAACAUCAUUGAGAACAUCGAAAACAGCCACAAGGUAAUAUUUGUCCUCUCCCGGAACUUUGUCAACAGUGAGUGGUGCAACUACGAGUUGUACUUCACCCAGCAGAGGUCCAUGGGAAAGACGUUCAGUGACGUCAUCCUCAUUGUGAAGGAGAAGAUUGACCCCAGGUCGCUGCCCAGCAAGUACUGCAAACUGAAGAAGAUGCUGAGCACCAAGACGUACCUGGAGUGGCCAGAGCAGGCCAAUCAGCAGGCGUUCUUCUGGGAGCAGCUGAAGAGCGUUCUGGGCAAACCCACAAUGACCCGAGAGAGGGGGCAGAGCGUCAAGAGCAGAACGUCGUCUGCGAGCGGCGUUUCUGUGAUAGGACAGCCGCAGUAUCAAGGUCCAAAUGGAGUAAACCGUGACGCAGACCAAGAGGCAGAAAUCAAAAGUGUUAAAAGGAACGACAGAGAGAUACCUGUGAUGAAAAUGUUGCCCCCACUGCAAGAAUCAAUGGCGCUGAUGAUCCGAGUGUUCCACUCCUACUCAGGAAAAGAGGGCGACAAGUACAAGCUGAACAAUGCGGAGAUGAAGAUGCUGCUGAAAGAAGAACUCUCCGAAUUCAUAGCGGCCAGCAAUGAACCUGCCAAGGUGGAGAAGAUCAUGCACGACCUGGACGAAAACAAGGACGGCGAAGUGGACUUCCCGGAGUUUGUCUUCCUGGUGGCCUCACUGACCGUCGCCUGCAACGAGUUCUUUGAAGAAAAAAAGGAACGAUGCAUCAACUGAAUGCAGCACCUGUGAUGUUUUCAGUCUUCAAUAAAUAAGACAAAGGUGUCUCCCUA